GUCGCCAACGCUCCGCACACGUCACCUCCUACGUCGCAACCCCUGUGCUGUCAUCUCGCGACGCCACAGUUCAUCAUCAGCGCAGCAUCUUCCCGACGUAGUAUCUUCCGACGAUCCUUCCUUGUCGCACAUCUCCCGCCUCAAGGAUUACUCUCUGGACUCUCUAUUCCAGCAAUUGCGACCCCGUGUACAGAGAAUCUUCCUCUCGCUGCCUUCCUGUGAAGCACGGGAUCACACCUGAACCUUUAAUUAGCCAAAGUUUCACUUCCUUCGAGGACCCCAACUGCAAGACCCCUUCCCACGCGGAGCCCGACCGACAAGAUGGCUACCAACGGAAACUUUGCCCAGCAGGACCAAUACAAGGGCUCCGCCGACCAGUACUCCAACAAUGCCACAAUCGAGACCACAAACGCGUCGGGCACCAAUGACCUGUCCAAGGAUGAGGUUGGCUGGUACUUUGUCGAGCAGUACUACACAACCCUCAGCAAGUUCCCCGAGAAGCUUCACUUGUUCUACGGCAAGCGGUCGCAGUUCGUUAGUGGUGCAGAGGCCGAGGUAGCCAACGUAUCUGUUGGGCGUCAGGCUAUUCAGGAGCGCAUCAAGCAGCUCGACUUCCAAGACUGCAAGGUCCGCGUGUCGAACGUUGACAGCCAAGCUUCCUCUGCCGACAGCAUCGUCAUUCAAGUCAUUGGCGAGGUCUCCAACAAGGCCGGUGAACCCAAGAAGUUUGUCCAGACAUUUGUUCUCGCCCAGCAGCCCUCUGGCUAUUUCGUCCUGAACGACAUCCUCCGCUACAUCGACGAAGAGUCCGAGGAAGAAGCUCAGCCCCCUACUGAGAUUUCCGCCGAUCGACCCAAUGCCGACAUCACAACAACAAAGGAGACCGCUGAGCCCGAAGCUGCCCCUGCCGUUGAGGCUGCGACUAGCCAAGACAAUGAGCUGGACACCGAGGUCGUCAAGGAGAAGCUGGAGGCUGCUACUUCUGAGGACAAGACUGCCGAUAGCGCCGCUCUCGAUGCCGGCGGUGAUGCCCAGGCUCAGGAGACCGAGUCUCAGGCAAUUGAUCCCGACAGCACUGCCCAGCAGCUGGCUGAGGAGGACGUCAAGCAGCCCGAGAAGCCAAAGGACCCCAGCCCUACACCUGCUCCCAAGCAGGCUGCGCCGGCUGAGGCCGCCCCUGCAGCCGAGAAGCCUACCGGGCCUCCCAAGCCUAUGACCUGGGCUAGCCGUGCGGCAGCAGCAGCUGGACCUCGUCCAGUUGUCCCUCUCCCCAAGACAGCUACACCUCCCGCCCAGCAGCAGGAGAACAAGCCGCCAACUGCCCAGGCCGCUGCCGCGCCUGCUGCCGCAUCUCCCGCUCAGACAAGUGCCCCCGCUCCCGCCACGACUGCCGAACCUGCCAAGGAAGCCUCCGGUUGGCAGACUGCUGGCAGCGACUCGAAGCGCCAGAACCGCCCGCAGUCCGUGUCGGCAGCCCCUGAGAAGGAGGGCACCCUUGGUUACGUGAAAUUUGUCACAGAAAAGGUUCAGGAGUCUGACCUCAAGAAGGCCCUCGAGGCCCAUGGUGAGCUUGCUUACUUUGACAUCAACCGUCAGAAGAACUGCGCGUUUGUCGAGUACAAGACCACGGAGGGCUACAAUGCCGCUGUGAGCGCCAACCCUCACACCGUCAACGGAGAACAGAUCAUUGUCGAGCCGCGUCGCCCCAAGACCAGCACGUACGGCGGUAACAGCUACGGCGGCGGUCGUGGCGGCUCCCAACGCGGCCGUGGUGGCUUUGAGGGUGGCCGUGGUGGCCAAGGCAACGCCAGGGGUAACUUUUCUGGCCAGAACCGUGGACGCGGCGGUGCUCGCGGUCGCGGUGGCGCCGCGCAGGCCACCAAUGCUUAAGCGAGCAUAUUGACCGAAACAACAAGGGCUGCCGUGGGAAUUUCCAGCGCUCUGUUCGAUUGAAACUGCGAGUGUAACGUGCUGAGAGGUGUUCACGUGUUGCUCGUUAUUACGCCAGAGGCAUAAUGUCUGGUCGGUGC